AUGUUGAUCAAAGUGAAGACGCUCACUGGAAAAGAAAUUGAAAUAGACAUAGAACCCACAGAUAAAGUAGAAAGAAUCAAAGAACGAGUCGAAGAAAAAGAAGGCAUUCCACCACAACAACAGCGUCUUAUAUUUUCGGGGAAACAAAUGAAUGAUGAGAAGACUGCACAAGACUAUAAGGUCCAAGGAGGAUCAGUGUUACAUUUGGUACUGGCUUUGAGAGGAGGGUUCUGA